UCUCUUUUACUAUAAAACUCCUUCAUUUCAAUCAUAACCCUUGCCCUAUAAUUGUUUCUCAUUUACUUCUUCUUUCUCCUUCCUAUUAUUCUCUACUUCCGAUCGCUAUUCCGUUCCGCAAAUUACACUCUCUCGAGUCAUUAAAAUGAAGAAAGUUAUUUUGAAAUUGGAGUUGCACGACGACAAAGAUAAGAAAAAGGCCAUGAAAAUUGUCUCUGGCAUUUCAGGUGUGGAAUCAAUAACCUUGGACAUGAAGGACAAGAAAUUGACGGUUACAGGAGAUGUUGAUCCGGUGAAAAUAGCGAGCAAAUUGAAAAAACUGUGUCAUACAGAGAUGCUUUCAGUAGGUCCGGCGAAACCCGAACCUCCGAAGAAAGAAGAGCCUAAGAAAGACGAACCGAAGAAACCCGAUGAGAAGAAGAAAGACGACGUGGCUGAUCUUGUUAAGGCGUAUCAGGCUUAUAAUCCUCACAACACGCAGUACUAUUUCGUAAGAAGUGCAGAGGAAUAUCCCAACAACUGUGUCAUUUGCUAAUUCAUAGUAAAUAAAUUUAUUGUUUGAUCAACUUAAAAAUAAAAAAUCAAAAUCUGGAUCAAACCAAUAAAAAAUGAUAUACUGCUAUUUCUGUACAGUAAGGUGACGGUGGGUUGUUCAACUUCAUGUUUGUUGUUCUUGUUUUUGAAUGUAUCAAAUUUUUGAUGGUAGUUUCCAUUGAUUAAUAUUUUUUUAA